AUGACAGAUAUAUUGGAAACAGAGAGUUUCCGGUCACUUAUUAUUUUAGUUAACAAUUUCUCUGCUGGUAACAACGCCGAAAACCAGAUUGAAUCUUCUCUGGACCUUGAUAUUUCCGAUACUUGCGAAUGUGAACAGGCAAAACAAGACCGAUUACAACCUGAAAACAAAGAACAAAUUGGAACAACAGACGAGAAAAGCGAUGUUGAAACGAAAGAAGUUGAUGGUAUAUCUCAAAUGGAAGGAAAGGAAUUUGUGUCGCAUCCGAGAACAUAUCUAGAAAACGAUAGAAGAAUCAUAGAAGCAUGUUUGAUUAUAUCAUUUUGCGCAUUUCCUUUAGGAUGGGACGUUGGAACCACAGGGUUUAUGGUGAGUCAUCAGUCUUUCACCAAUUCGUAUGGCUCGUUAUCUUCCCUUAUGAUUGGGGUUUUGAUAUCUUGUUUCAAUUUGGGUUGUUUGGUAGGAUGUCUUACUAUUGGACAGUUGAAGAUGAACUUAAAAUAUGCAAUACAAAUAAGCUUGUCUAUCUACUUACUAGGUUCGGGGGUCGAGUGGUUGGCUUCGUACGAGAAUUGGGGUCUAACUGUGUAUUUGUUUGGAAGAGUGUUCUGCGGUGUGUGUUGCGGCGCUCUCUGCGUCAUUGCUCCAAUUUACACUAGUGAGUUAAUAGUCAAUGAGUCUAAAAGGGGACCAUAUCUUAGUUUUUUCCAAGCUCAAGUUUGUGGUUGGAUCCUUUUAGGGAACUUGGCAAACGUACUAUAUGAUAGAAUGGGUCAACCAUUUUUAGUUGUUAUUUAUGCUAAAGUUGCAUUCACGCUACUUUUUGGUAUUUCUCUCUUGAGGGUUCCAAACUCAAUCAAAUACUAUUUGGAGAAAAAAGCUAUUGAUAAACUUUAUGGCGUAUACAGACAAAUCUAUGUUAAUGCCGAUGCAGAGCUAGUUGAUAGAGAGAUUGAUUACUAUGUCCCGUCUCCCAGCGACCAAGGUUGGGUUUCGAUCUUUAAAAGUCCCAAUUUAAGCAAAACUAUGAUUUGCUGUUGCCUCAUGGCAUUCCAACAAUUAACGGGGAUAAAUUACUUCUUUUACUAUGGGAAUAUCAUAUUCAAUUCUAGUUAUUCAAUUAUCAUCAUGAGCGUGGCGAAUUUAGUGGGAGGACUUUCAAGCGGGAAAAUUUUGCAAUUUUUUCAAAUCAAAACAAUCUUAAUAGCAGGCUCAUUUACAAUGAGUCUUUUGAUGUUAGCCUACUCAAUCUUUGGUCUCAUUCAACAUACAUUGGUAAACGUAAUAUCACCAAUCCUUAUUGUCAUCACGUGUUUGUUUAUUCUUUGUUUCGCAGUCAGUUGGGGACCAUGUUGCGGUAUACUGAGUUGCCUCAUCAGCGGAAAUAGCAGCGAAAUUAUGGGUUUGGCAAUAAGCGUCAACUGGAUAUUCAAUUUUGCGAUUAGUAUUGUCACGCCAAUUUUAAUUGCAAAACUUGAAUUCAGUUACGGGUUUAUAUUCUGCUUCAACCUUUUAGUGAUGGGCUUAUUUGUCUUGCGAUUUCUAUAA